AUGCAGGAUUCUUCUACAAACAAGCAAGAUUUUGGCCUUCCAGAACGGGAGUUAUCCGAUGAGCUGGAAAAUAGGAAGAUCAAACUAAAGGUUGAGGAUCCAGCAAGCGGUUCGGCAGCUGGUAGGACUUCUGAUUUGAAGAGAACAUUCAUGGCAGAAGUUGGACUGGAGAAAUAUGUCGAGUUAGCGGAAACGGAUGAGGACAUUUUCAAUAAACUUUUAGAGCUCCGCAUAGAACAGAAGCGCAAAGAGGUUGAAGAGUUGCGAGAUAGCAACCUCAGAACACUGAACAUUGUAAUCGGUAAAUGCAUUGAAAGCGAUAAAAUAUCUGACGAUAUUAUCAGAACACUGCUGGAUGUUGUUAACCUACCGCAUCGGGGUGAACCCAAUCCUUCAUCAAGUUUAAAAAGAAGAAAGCGGAAUUCUCCAGCGAUGAGUCCAAGAGGUCAUCGUCGGAUCGCAUCUGAAGUUGCAUCGAUUAAUACUAACCAAGCACAAGUGCAAAGCAUGCCAAGCCCAUAUUCCAUACUGUAUCACAAUGUUCCUGGGCCUACACCAUGGCUUCCCCAGCAUUACAAUACCCCAUUGCAAACACAGUAUCAAUUUCAGAAUUCUGUCCCAGCGGGACUGGGAGUGAGGACCGGAAGAUCAAGGGAAGCUAGCAUACUUCAGAAUAAUGAGAAUCAGAAAAGCGAUCAGUUCCAUUCAUUCUCCCCCGCAAAUUUAGUGACCACAGGUAACUCCGGUAUCAGUGGGCAUCACCCUGGUGCGCUGAGCAGCCGGCCUUCUUUGAUGGGCGUUCCCACCGAGUCACCGGCAAGAGGAGUAUCUGGAUAUUUGCAACCUCCACAACAAAUACAACCACAUUAUGGGAUUAAAACAGACCCCAUACCACAAAGAAGAUUUGCAAGCCACCAACGAUCACAAAGCGCUAAUUUUAUCAAUGGGCCUCAAACUCACAUGGCGAAAUCGCCAAUAAACGAGCUUCACGCUUCACCACAGAAACCGAUCAAUUUUUUGAUCCAUACACCUAAACAUCCUCCGCCAUCGUGA